UGUCCAAACCCCGCGAUAAAUCAAACGAUAUUUGGUCAGAUCCGAUUUAAACAGACGCCAAGAACGAACUUGACCAUUGGCGUCUUCGUCCGUUUGAAACUUUCGGACUCUUCUUCUCAACCCAGAAUACAUUCAACCAUCUUUCUUCAAUCAUCAUUUUUUCCAGAAAUUAGAGAGAAACAGAGAAAUCGAUGAGAGAGAUUGAGAUGGGUUCGAAUUCAGAGAAGAACAAUUUGUUACCGGUUUCUGAUCUUCCCAGAAACGACGAUAAACUCUUUCGAGGUUCCGCCAUGACUAAACGUGGAGCUUAUGCUGCCAUUUGUUACAUGGCUUGUGCUGUGCUCUUGAUAUUGUUCAAUAAGGCUGCAUUGUCUUCAUAUAGCUUCCCAAGUGCAAAUGUUAUCACCCUUUUUCAGAUGGUAUCUUCAUCUACAUUUCUCUAUGUGAUGAAACGCUUGAAGCUCAUUUCUUUCACUGUUGCAGAAUCGACUGCUCUUGAUAACCCUGUAACUCUUGUUCCUUUGAAAACACUGCUGCACACUCUACCUCUUGCAUUUACCUAUUUGAUGUACAUGUUAGUUACCAUGGAGUCUGUGCGUGGUGUAAAUGUUCCUAUGUAUACUACUCUGAGGAGGACUACUGUGGUCUUUACAAUGGUUAUGGAGUAUGUUCUGGUCCGACAAAAGUAUACUUCCUCUAUUGUUGGAAGUGUAGGGUUGAUUGUUCUUGGUGCAUUCAUUGCUGGUGCUCGAGAUCUGUCAUUUGAUGCUUAUGGCUAUGCCGUUGUAUUUCUGGCCAAUAUUACUACGGCUAUAUACCUUGCAACUAUUGCUCGAAUUGGAAAAUCCAGUGGCCUCAAUAGUUUUGGACUUAUGUGGUGUAAUGGUAUUCUUUGUGGACCAAUAUUGCUAUUUUGGACUUAUGUGAGAGGUGAUCUGGAUAUUACCUUCAACUUCCCUUACUUGUUCUCUCCUGGUUUUCUGGUUGUUUUGUCCUUUUCUUGUGUGCUGGCUUUCUUCCUCAACUACAGUAUAUUUCUCAACACCACUCUCAAUUCAGCACUAACACAGACAAUUUGUGGUAACUUGAAGGAUCUUUUCACCAUUGGACUUGGUUGGAUAAUAUUUGGUGGAUUACCUUUUGAUUUGCUAAAUGUUAUAGGACAGGUUCUGGGUUUUCUGGGAUCUGGUUUGUAUGCCUACUUUAAGCUGAUUGGCAAGUAGCCUUUAGGGCCAUUGCUUAUUACAACGGAUGACUAUUCUUUUACUGCUGAGUGCUGGCUGUGGUUGCUGUCGCUGGUUUAAAUAUGCAGUCGCUUGAAUUCCAAUAGGAAAUACAUUUGAUAACAUGAACCUAGAAAAGCUUGACAAGCAGCUAGGGUUUGUCAAUGACAGUAGGACUGAUUCUGUUUGAGCAACAAUUGUCUUCCCUAAUUACGGUCAAUUAUUAGGAGUAUAUCAGAAGGAAAUUGAACUCAUGAGCACUGAUCUGCGGCUACAUCAAUUAUUUUAUCAAAUUGGUGAUUUCUAGGUUUAGUUAUUUUUACUCUUUUAAUCUUUUUUUUUUCCUCUUCCUUGGGCAAAGUUUUUGGUAAAUAUUGUAAUUCUUUUGCCCAUGUAUUUCCUGUACUCUUUGUGAUAAACUGCUAAAGGCUUGAGUUGAGAUUUGCCUAAUUGGGCUACUCCUUCA